AUGGCUGCGUGGGACCGAGGCGCUGCGUCUGCCACGGCAAGAGGCAGAAGUAAAGACUUCUUGCCUUCGGGAGUAGAUCGAUCAUCCGGUGCCUGGGAUCAGGGCAUAGCACCUAAGUAUUGCUACCCCCACGAUAGCUCAAAAAGAGCGGACGAUAUGCGAGACUAUAAUUUUAAAAGAUCAUAUCCAAUGCUUGAUAGCCUCGGCAAAGUCCUUCAAAACCAGCCACCUCCUCUUCUCACUCUACCCUUUCGACUUAGAGUCAUUUGCACACUUAGGAGAGAAGUACACCACAAUCAACAAAUUUUCAUCAUGCGCCAUCACCACGAAAAUUUCGUUUUGCGCAUCCGCUUCAAUGACCUUGGAAAUCGUAGCCUGCGCCUCAUCGGCAUCGUUCGCUACGCCUUUGCCGUCUUCCGACCUUGCGAGACAUGGGUCACCGACGUGGUCCCAAUGCCAGUGACUCUAGAUGAUUGCCUUAAUACUCUUUCCGUUUAA